GAGAUCUGUUUACAAACCCAAGGCAGAGCAGAGCAAGAGCAAGGGGAGGAAGGGAAAGGCGAAUUGCAGGAUCUCUCUGGAUUGAAAGAGGAAGAGGGGAAGCCUGCCAUGACAAAGCCAGCUGGAGGAGCAGAUGGUUAGAGGGAGAGUAGGAUCCCCCCCUCCCUUAUACGCACACACAAACAUGCACUGACUGACACACAAACACACACUCACCAGCAAAAUACCAAACACAGCUAGAGGACUGUUGUUGACUGCAUGGAGCUGUCCUCACUUUGUUUGGGCUUUGAGGGAAGUACAUCUCUGCCUUCUCUACUGAGGAGGAAUACCCACUGCAAGAUCAGAGGACUGGAGGAGGAGACAACAGACGAGAAGAGAGGCGGAUGAGACUCGUGAAAAUCCUCUGUUAAAAAAGCAGCUUUGGGAGGAAGACAAAGCACACACUAAUGCCAGAUAAUUACCUUCAUUGGACGAGCACUGUCAUUUUGUACGGCGGAUGUCACUGAGAUUGGUGAAGGGACGAUACCGCAGACACAAAGUGAAGUCAAAGAGGCCCCAUUUCUGCUGUAAAUGAGCACAUGAGGUCUCCAGUCUUGGUCCAAACUCCAGACCCAAAUCUUGCAAUCUUUACACAGAGUGGUUAAUCCAGAUUUGGGAAUGGUGAGCAGAGCAGACUGCUGAGCCAACAUAACCACACCUCCCAAGGAUUUGUGGAAUCUGAGCAAAUCUGAAAAUCUUGAUGGUUGUUUUUUGGAGGAGCUAACACAACUCAACAAAAGCGCAAUCCAGCUCAGGCUGACCGAAUCCAGGCUCCAAACAGAUUCAGUGUCCGGACCUCCAGCCCACGAGCUUGGCUCUCAUCCAGCCUACUCCUGACAGGGCCCGAAUUUACUGCUGCUGCCCUGGGAGUCAAAUUUCAUGCAACCAUUCCAAUGGUGUAACGGAUGCCUGUGUGGUUUGGGUUCUCAGCGCUCUGAACACUACUGCAGCAUGACGUCUGACAUCUAUCACCUCCCACUCAAUGUGUAUGUCAUUGUGCUGGGCAUUGGCCUCUUCGUCUUCAUGCUCAGCCUCAUCUUCUGCUGCUACCUUUUCAGGCUGAAACAACAAGGAACGAGGGAGCAGUUCAGCUACAAUGAGGUGGUGCUCAAGGGAGCAAGCAAGAAACUGAGCCUUCUAGGACAAACCUGUGCGGUGUGUCUGGAAGAAUUCAGGACCAGAGAUGAACUGGGAGUGUGUCCAUGCUCACAUGCAUUUCACAAGAAGUGCCUGCUUAAGUGGCUGGAGAUCCGCAGCGUGUGCCCCAUGUGUAACAAACCCAUCCUCCGGCUCCACACAGACGCUCCCCAGGGUGCUGAGGGUCCCAUGGACCCGGAGGAGGUGUGACAGAAUUGGGGAAGAAACCAGACUUCCCUUACAGAAAACACACAUAUUAAAUAUACUAGGGAUGAUGGACAGCGGUCAUCUUUAAGACAUCUCACAGGAAAUGUUGAUAAUGAUCCCAAGUGGCCGCCUCGCUGCUGACCUUUGAGCAAUAUGCCUUGGUGGAAAUUGGAUAUCGACAGCACCAAAAUGAUUUGGUCAGAUCAGACGAGCGUCG